AUGUCUCUAUUACCGUUCAUCCUUGGCUGCGAGCGUCCUCACCGAGUGCUGGACCAGGAUUUUGGUGUGGCUCUCACGCCUGAAGAUUUGCUGACCGCGGCUGUGACACCCAUGCUAUCCAGGGACUACUACCGACCCUGGCGUCAGCUGGCGGCCGCAACACGAGACUUCGGUUCAACUAUCAAGGCGGAUAAGGAGAAAUUCCAAGUAAACUUGGACGUUCAGCAUUUUUCACCAGAGGACAUCACGGUUAAGACCGCUGAUGGCUACAUUGUGGUUGAGGGAAAGCACGAGGAGAAGAAGGACGAGCACGGCUUCAUUUCUCGGCAAUUCUCUCGGCGGUACGCACUGCCCGAGGGUUGCAACCCAGAUACUGUGGAGUCCCGGCUGUCCUCUGACGGUGUUCUCACUGUGGUAGCUCCAAGAACUGCACCGGCUCUGAAGAAUGAGAGAUCAGUUCCGAUCGCUAAAACUGGUCCAGUCAGGAAGGAGAUCAAGGAUCAGACAUCUCAAGCGAGUGCUACUGCUGACGGAGAAAAGUGA